GAGCAAAAAUAAGUGGUUCUGCUUUUAAAGAACUGAAAUUAGAAGAAAAGGUCACGUGACAACCAGUAGCUGGUUCUUCCAGAAAUGGAUCAAGGUUCUGCCCCCUGGAUUGGACCAGAAGAACUGUGACUGACCUCCAGUAACGAGACGUUGUUUUUAUUUGAGGACUCACAACAGAAAAAUCUCCCAAUAAUAAAUGAGACGAGCGCAGAUGGGUAUGGAAACGGAAUCACGGAUCAAACUCAUCGGUUUCUGAUCGGCUGUUGACUGAACAGAUAGAAACCAGGUUAGCUGAAGCUGUUAGCCUGUUCCAGAGCUAGCUGGCUGCACGGGAUGAAUCACCAUGGCAACGCGUGUCCUGCCGUCCCAGAGUAUAAAUGGGUCCGUUUGUUCCGCUCAGGAUCUAAACCGGGCCGACGGACUUCACGAUGUGCGUGUCACGGUAUCUGUUAUAUGUGGGCUUCGCUCUGGUUCCCAUGGCGAUCAUCUGCAUAGUGUCCAACAUCCUGCUGCUGUUUCCAGAGAUGACAUACCGCUUCCUGUUGGAUGGCCAUGUGACCAGAGAGGCCACCUGGGCCACGGGUCUGUGGGCCUCCGGCUUCCUGGUUUUACUUGGAGCGAACGCCUUCAUCAAGCGCAGUGGAACCAGAGGCUUCAUUGCUGCCCGGACUCAGAUGUUUGGUCUGGCCCUGUACUCCUGCCUGGGGCUGCUGGCUGCCUCCGCCUGUUGUGUGGUCAGCGCCACCGGUCUGGUUCAGGGUCCUCUGUGUCUCUACAACUCGUCCUCCGGUCUCACCUGGGGUGUCCCCCUGAAGCCCGUCCCCAACAGACAUGCGGGUUACCUGUACAACCAGUCGAUGUGGUCGGGGAUCUGCUUGAAGCCUGACUUGGUGGUGGAGUGGAACGUGGUUCUGUUCAGCAUGAUGGGGAUCUGCAGCGCCGCGCAGGCCGUCCUCUGCGGGCUGAACAUCCUGAACUCCCUGGUGGGGUUGGUUCUGGGCCAGGGCAUCCGCCCAUGACCAGGUCGCUCCAGAUUCAGAAUGAGGAAGUCAGGAUUUUCACAGCAAACCACCUCAGACCCUUCAAAAUAAAAGCACAGAUGCACUUUA